AAUGCCUGCUACUCGACCUAGCACAAGAGUUCAACGUCGUGCACAACCAGCAGCACCACGUCGUCCAUCCUCUCGGAGAAGAACAGCAACCGCCAGUGCCACCACUAUGCAGCAACCAGAGUCAAGUGGAGUUAGUUGUGAGGCGUCUUCCUCCGUGGCCACAACGUCAGCACCUGAUGCAGCAUCGCCAGCGACGACUGUUCCUAACGAAACGGUUCAACGGAUCGUCUCCGCCGUCUCCCAAGCUGUGCUAGCGUCACUCAAUGGAGCCUGCGCCACUACUCUUCCGCCGCCAUCUUCAGCUGUGGAAACGAGGGAAUUGCCUAUGGUAGCGUCAGGUAUAGCUAGUUUUGCAGACGCUACUAUGCAGGGGCCGGUAGCGUCUGCCUUAAAUAAUCUUUCAGGUGAGACUAGUUUUAUCCAAGUCUCACCGCCUGUAGAGCCGGGUCUGCCUAAAUUUAAUUCCAUCAAUGUACCCAUUGAUGCGAAUGUGAGCGCAAAAGUUAAGGCCAAGAUUUGGUCUCACGAAUUCGUCGAUUUUGGUGUUUUAAUUAGCUCAGGGGCAGGUGAUACCCGGUAUCACUUGUCUGUGAGCUCCCAAAACGGUUCAGCUUUGCCGACGUUGUCUUUGGAACCGUCCCAAAAGCCGAAAGCCAUUGCUAACAUUGGUGCAUGGACUUCGGCUUUUCAAAUUUUUGUAGGGGUGUACACUGCCAAAUAUCCAAUGGAGGCCCCAGCAUUGAUGAAAUAUAGUGAAGUUGUCCGGGAUUUGGCCGUGCGAGGGGCUGACUGGCGCUUUUAUGACUCACAAUUUCGUCUCUUGCGUCAAUCUAAUCCGACCGAGUUGCCAUGGGGGUUUACGCAUUGGGAACUUUGGAUCCGUGCACAGAAUUUUAAUAAUGCGCGUUUUUCAAAAUCUCAACCGCCUGUGCGCAACAACUUGUCCUCUUCAAUUGCCGGGCCCUUUGUUCCCAGGGGGUUUUGUCGCAGGUUUCACCGUGGCGAUCACUGCCCUGGUUGCAAUUAUAAACAUAAUUGUUACAAGUGUGGUGUAAUUCACCCAGCCCUACGGUGUAAUUUUCGUUCCUCACAGCACACCUCUGCCCCGACCUCGGCCAAAUCUCGUCCUUCCAACACCGGUUCGAAUUGAUAAUCUUCAACCUUUAUUAUGUGGAUAUGAUCCGGGAUUGACAUCUAUUUUGUAUACUGGUUUUAAGUUUGGUUUUUCUCUUCAUUUUGAAGAAACGCGAACCUCAUUUUUUGCAAAUAAUUUAAUUUCUGCGCAACAAAAUCCUGAGAUAGUUAGUGCUAAACUCUCGAAAGAAUUGGCAGCCGGUCGACUUGCCGGGCCUUUCGAUUUCCCGCCUUUUCCCAAAUUUCGUGUUUCACCCUUGGGGGUUGUUCCUAAGAAAGCCCUGGGGGAAUAUCGCUUAAUUCAUCAUUUGUCUUUUCCCAGAGGUGAUUCGGUUAAUGAUGGGAUUGCACAAGAGCAUGCGUCAGUACAGUAUGCUCGUGUUGAUGAUGCGGUUGCUAUGAUAAAAAAAUUAGGUUCUGGUUGUUUUCUUGCCAAAACCGAUAUUAAGAGUGCAUUUCGCAUUAUCCCAAUCAAACCAUCUGAUUACGAUCUUUUAGGAAUUUUUUGGCAGGGACAGUAUUAUUAUGAUCGUGCUAUGCCAAUGGGAUGUGCGUCAUCCUGUCGUACUUUUGAGAUGUUUAGCACUGCUAUCGAAUGGGUUGCUAAGAAACACUUGUCAAUCCCGUAUUUAAUCCACAUUCUUGAUGAUUAUCUUAUGGCAGCGCCUACUUAUCACCAAUGUCGCAUUGACCUUGCUCGUUUCUUAUCUCUCUGCGAUUACUUAGGCGUACCAAUGGCGCCAGAGAAAACAGUCGGUCCGGAAAAUAUCCUUUCGUUCGCAGGCAUUGAAUUAGAUAGUUUACGCAUGGAGGCCCGUUUGCCUCUGGACAAAACUGAGGAAUGCAAAAUUUUAGUUUCAGCCUUUCUUCGACGCAAAAAAGUUACUUUACGCGAGAUUCAAUCAUUGACGGGUUUACUUAAUUUUGCGUGCUCUGCAGUCGUUGUCCCGGGUCGGGCUUUUCUGCGUCGUCUGAUCGAUUUAACGAAGGGAAUAAAAUCUGCGCAUCAUUUUAUCUGUCUUACCAAAUCGGUAAAAGCGGAUCUCGAAAUUUGGCGUUCCUUUUUAGAUGAUUUUAACGGCCGAUCGUUUUUUCUUAGCGACGUAUGGACUGAUUCGUUCAGUUUAAAUCUCUACACUGAUUCGGCUGGUAGUUUGGGUUACGGUGCGGUCUUUGGCUGCGAGUGGCUUUUUGGCCAGUGGCCUGAAAAUUGGAAGCGACUUAAUAUCACUAUUUUGGAAUUCUACCCAAUUGUACUCAGUGUUUUUGUAUGGGGAGAUAAGAUGCGCAACAAGCGGAUCACGUUUUAUACGGAUAAUGCGGCGUUGGUUGAUAUUAUAAAUAAAGCCACUUCUCGUGACGUGACUGUCGUGAUAUUUGUUAGCCGACUGGUGCUGGCAUGUUUGAAGUACAAUAUUUUAUUUCGUGCUCGCCAUGUUCCGGGAGUUAAAAACGUUUUAGCUGAUAGUUUAUCCCGGUUACAGGUUUCGAAGUUCAAACAGCUAGCUCCAGUGGGUGUACAACCAUCACCAGCAGUUAUACUAGAUCAACUACUACCACACAACUGGCCAAUAUAACAUCUAAAUUACUUCAAUCUAGUUUACAGCCAUCAUCAAUCCCUACUUAUCGCCGGGCCUGGAACCUGUAUAGCCAGUUUUCAAAUGUAGUUUUCCAUACAGCUUUAGUAAAUUUGCCUAUAUCGCCUUCUAAUUUAGGUUUGUUUAUAGCCUACAUGUUUCAGCGCAAUUAUGCUGCUUCGACUGCGAACACGUAUGUCUCUGCACUGGGUUAUUAUCAUCGCCUUGCAGGCGUGCCAGACCCCACUAGGGUCUUUUGGGUGAUUGAAAUGUUGAAAGGGUAUGGCAAACUUGGGUCGCGCUUGGAUACACGCAUGCCCAUAACUCUUUCUAUCCUUCGCACAGUGUUGCAACAAACAUCAACCAUAUGUGCGAGCGAAUACCGUGCGUGUAUGUUUAAAGCAAUGUGUACAACGGCAUUUUUUGCCUUUUUACGUGUUGGGGAAAUCACUUGUUGUCCCAGGUCAUCAAGUGUGCUUCAGUUAAAUCAGAUUGUCCAACUUGUCGACCAUUCAGGCGGCGUAAUUGGACUGAAAAUCACAUUUUUUGAUUUUAAGCAUUCUUACAACCAAACAAAUGUAUCAAUCACUCUUAAGCGUCGUUCAGAUAUAUGCCCAGUGCAGAGCUUACUGGAUUAUUUUUCACGCCGUGGUUUGUCGGAUGGCCCGCUUUUUCGAACGCACGAGGGCCACGCGGUUUCACGCAAACUUUUUACUGACUAUUUAGCACUCAUUUUCAAGACAUGUGGUUUCGAUCCAACUAAAUACAAAGGACAUAGUUUCCGCAUUGGCGCGGCAACAUUUGCUGCGGAAUGCGGUUUUUCUGAUGCCCAAAUUUGAUCAAUGGGUCGGUGGAAAUCCGACGCCUUUCGUAAGUAUAUUCGAGGUCCAGGCCUGUGCUCAACCGCUUUGCCUAGAUAGGCCGAGUUUGGUUGUUUGUCUUUUUUCACCGGAUUGAUCAUGGCUGUCAAUAAGCAUUUAAUAUUUUGGCAAACUCCGCUUCCGUGCACAUCUGACUGGUCAAGUUGACGCAGGGGCAAGACUUGACUACAAUGAUUAUUAUGAUGCACGUUACUAUAUGCGACAUACUGCUUUAGAGUGUUCUGUGAUGCUGACGCAGGGGCAAGGCUAUCAGAACCAGUGAUGUUUUCCAGGGGGAACGCGGGGGAACGCCGUCCCCCCCACCUUUUUUACCAGGGGAACGGCGUCCCCCCUGCCAAAAUCAAACGUGGGGGAACGCCGUUCCCCCUGGCAGGGAAUAAAUAUGAGUGAAGUUCAGUGAACACCGUUUGACACCAUCCAAGUGAACACCGUUUGACACCAUCCAAAUAAUUUUGGCAUCACUUGUUCUACAUACGUGUUAUUUUUGGCAAUAAUUGCUCAGCGUCCUACGUAGACAUAUUUCAGAACGUAAUUGUUUCACUAUUUAAUCUCCCUGAAACUUGAUAUACUUGCAUAAAAUUCUAGCACAAAAAUACAAGAGUCUGAUAAUUGACAUCCGCUUAGAUAAAUACUUACCAGUCAUAAGCGCGGAUAACGUCUCUCGCGCAAUCGCGAAAUUAAUCAUUCAAAUGAACAUUAAAAUGAUCAACGGGGACAUAAAAUGAUUCAAUAAGAACAUUAAUUUUAACAUGAUUGAAUGGGAAAAAUUCAAGGAAAUCUAUUAUCUAAGCGUGUUUAGUUACUCGCGAAAACGUCAUAUUCAACUUGCAAAGUUGCCUGUUUGCCGAGUUACUCACAUAGCGCUAAUUGCAUCAUCGAAAUUCGAAAGUCAACAUGGUUUUAUUUACUUUUAGACAUCUACCACACGCAAGCUAUGUGUUUUUUAAGUACAUGUUGUACUAAAUCCACUUCAAAGAUCAAGCUAUUGCAUAUGUACUUGUUCACUAUGACUGUGCAUGAGACCACGCCCAAUCGAGUGACCACGCCCAUUUGAUUUUCAUGACCGUCCCCCCACUUCUAAAAUUAGCAAAACAUCGCUGAUCAGAACACUUUUGUCUUGUCGGUGGUGGUUAUACCUGGCAGUUCAACGCAGGGGCACGAAUUGUUUGGGUAUAGCUAACACCCCCUUUUAUAUUAUGAGCAGUUUAAUUAAUAUUUGCCAAUACUAUCACUCAAUUUUGUAGAAUUGUUGCUCGCUUGUUUCAUCGGUCUGUAAUCACUUUAUCUGUCGAUGCCUUGUCACGCUGGGGUGGGGUAUGUCUUCUUUACCCAAGUAGACUUGUGGCGUUUUUACCCCCACCUUUUCUGUGCUAACUGUUAAUGAAUUACUUUGGUUAAUAAUUUGUUAUGUUAAACUUAUGUCAUUGAUUACAAAAUUAAUAAACCGGCAUGUGCGUUAUGCAAUACGCACAUUGCCAUAAUUAUUCCAAGUGGUGUCUGACUCGUUUAUUGCGUGUAAAGAACAUGCACAGAAAACAGAGCUCAUCGUGACAAGAUAUCCCCCAGAUAUAGUGUUAAAUAAAGGAAGCGAUAAAGGAAUUAUUGGCAUACCAAUGAAGAUUUUAUUGCUUCCUGAGCUUAGGAUAUAUAAAUAGACAAACUUGACAUGGGACACAUGGGUAUUUUCCCCGUAAUUUUCUGAUCACAUGAAUGUAAUGCGUGCAGGAAAACGGAAGGGAGAGGUGAUACAUAUCUAUAGCAGAAUGCGCAUCUGGUUCAUUCUGCUCUUCGCUUUGGUAGCGCAAAGUCGUCUGUAUUUUAAAGUCAAGUUUUUCCCCACCCUCCUCCCCGUUUUUCUGAACGCAAGACUAUUCUACUUGUAUAUUGUAUAUUAGUUAUUAUAGUUGUUACUGUUAGUUGUGGGCGUUUUUACCCCCACCUUUUCUGUGCUAACUGUUAAUGAAUUACUUUGGUUAAUAAUUUGUUAUGUUAAACUUAUGUCAUUGAUUACAAAAUUAAUAAACCGGCAUGUGCGUUAUGCAAUACGUACAUUGCCAUAAUUAUUCCAAGUGGUGUCUGACUCGUUUAUUGCGUGUAAAGAACAUGCACAGAAAACAGAGCUCAUCGUGACAAGAUAUCCCCCAGAUAUAGUGUUAAAUAAAGGAAGCGAUAAAAGUCAUUAAGAAGUCAUUAACUAUUGUACAUGGCUGAACACAUUGUACUUUGACGACUUGGCCUGAACUUGUUUGUGCAAAACGGCUUUAACAACUGGACAAGCCUGAUUUUGUACAAUAGAGGGAUUGUAGAUAAAUAUCACACACGAACAGUGAUGUUAUAUGCAAACAACAAUGGAGUGUUUCAUCAGGGGGUCCAAACACGAGAAAACUGUAUGAAACACGAGCGCAAAGCGCGAGUGUUUUAUUGUUUUCGAGUGUUUGGUCCCGAUGAAACACGAGAAACGAGAUGUUUACACAACAUCUCAAACGAAAACAUUUCAUUCGCUUAUAUAUAUUAUUAUAGUAUAUUGUUGUGUUUUGACUUGAAUUUGUAAUUAGGAUUUCAGUUAUUAGAUGAAAACCGUUUUUCAUCUAACAACAGUGAUGGUAUAUGAUUUUUAGCGUGUUUCCUUGCGGUAUCCAACCUCAAUCAUGUGACGAAUUAGGGUGAGUUCAUUCGCUAAUUUGCUCAUGAAUUAUUAAUGAGUUUGAGAUGGUCAUAUAAACAACAAUGGAGUGUUUGCAUGGAGUGCCAGCGUCCACAGUUCCUACAAAAAAUGAAAAAUUUUGUCCACAGUUUCUACAAAAAUAACCAGAAAAAAGUUGUGAAUUCUUCUGCCCUAAUCAAGAUCGCUUGUGGUUCGAAACGGCUAUGAUAAUGUGGAGAGCGAAUGGACCAAUUCAUCCGGUGUGUGAUACUCACCAAAGACUAGCAAGAAUGAAAGUCCAGUCAAAGACGUCGGUAAACUGAACUUUGGAAGGCCGUUUUUUGUUUGUUGCGACCGCGAGUAUCCAUGUAAUUUCUGGCAGUGGGCUGACAGACACGAGUUGGCAAAACCAAAAUUCAGACACGGAUUGAAUGAUUGCGUACGGAAAGUCAAAAAGGAAGGAGAAAGUCAAGGUCGCAUUUUCUUUUGUUGUCCAAACGAUCGAGAAAAGUCGUGCGGAUUUCAUUUUGAAUGGAAACUCGAGCUGGAAAACCCGUUCAACCAAGUUCAUUUUCCUCACGUUGAAAGAGUUGGUAUAUUGCAGAGUAAUCCUGCGCUGUAUACAUACAUGGUAGCUGAAACUGGACUUAUCUUUACCAGCGCACGCCGGAAAAUCCACACGAUGCCUACGCCGAAUAUAUUGGGGAAUUGCCUAUUUUCUCACCAACGAAGGAUAUAGAGAAACUGUCACUGAUAGACUAUUAGGAGACUAUAAUUAAGCUAUUAAAACAUUUUUAUAUUAACCCGAACAGAACACUUAACCUAAACCUAGUGAGUGAAAUGUUGUAAAUACGCUUUGGUCCGAACAGUACAAAAAGUACAAAUAUUUUUACGUAGACUCUAACUCUACCAUUGCCUACAAAGGCGGACAUUAUAAAAUUUAAAAAAGACUUACUGAACAGUCUCAGUAUUCCAGCCGUAAAUUGGGAGUCCUUUGGAUGUUUUAAAGCUGAAAAACUCAUUGAAACUUCAAACCUGCAAAAAACCACCUAUCAACACUGUCCGAAAGUUGUGUAAUACCAUUAACAACUGAAUCGUAUCAACGCAAGUAUUACGUAAUUGUACUGCACUGAUAAUAUUACAUACUAAGUCUAAGCCUUUGAAAAUGAGUUUUUCACAAAAUUUUGAGACUGCUCAUGAGCGAAUGCUCAUCUGCUCACAAGGCCCGUUUAACCCAAACUACUGUGUAUGAGCAGAUGAGCAUGAUGAGCAUGUGCUCAUAACUGCUCAUGAGCACAUGCUCAUCUGCUCAUGAGACCCGUUUAGGCCCAAUGGCCCGACGUGCAUUCUUCGUUCGUGGAAGCCCAGACACUACUUUUUAUGUACACAAAUGUAUAAUUUUUCGUAUUCGCAUGUUUUUGCCAUUUUGAUUUCUAUCCGGCCAACCCAUGUAAAAAUAACAAGAAAAGAUAGGUAUAAUUGAAACUGAGCAAUUUAUUUUAAUGACUCGAAGUUACAUGCUGUGUCUAUACUGGUAUUGUUUUACAUGCUAAUACUGAUCGAGUACAAGACUUUAAUCCUAUAUUCGACCUAUCAGUCGAGUCUAAUCAUCAUUGCAUAUCAUCAUCAUCAUUCUCUUCAUCAAAAUCGUAACGCUUUAAAUGCCUUCUUAUAAGAAACUUUCUCUUAUCAACAGCUGCUUCUAGCGCUUCUUCUGGAUCAAAAUCAUCGUUUUCCACAAGCGCAUCUUUUGUGUGCAUUAUCUUCUUAUGUACUGGAUCUUUCUUUAGUUGUUUCAUCCACACGAGACGCUCCAUAUAAAUAUUUUCCAGUUCCUUCUGGAGUUUAGGCAACAUAUUAGAGAAAGCUUUGUCCUUUGCCGAUUGCUCGUCUAGACCAGCGUUUAUAAGGCUUUCUUUCAUUUCCUCCAAAGCUAUAUUUCUUCUUUGUUUUGCUUCUUCUAUCAACGGUAUCCAAGGGUCCAUUUCUUCUUCAGUUUCUGACUUAUCAGUCCUCAUCGAAGUUUCAGACACAUCAGUUGAAGUUGUCGAGACAUCGUCUUGAAAAUACCUUUCUUGGCUAUCCGAAUCUGUUUGGGACAUAUUUCUUUCUUGUGCACGAAGGGGACAGUAUUCCUUUUCGUGUCUUCGUAAAUUGUAACCACGGUUAAAUUGCUUACUGCAAAAUUUGCAGCUCAUUCCGUUAGCACUGACUGUACAGAAAUGCCUUGUUACUGAGCAGCACUGCAGUUUUAUGAGCAGAUGAGCAUGUGCUCAUGAGCAGUUAUGAGCAGAUGAGCAUGUGCUCAUGAGCAGUACCCGACAUGAUCUAACAAAAUCUGUCAUCUGUGCGUAGGUAGUUCGGAGUUAAAUGUUUCUUAUAAGAAGGGUUACGAUUUUGAUGAAGAGAAUGAUGAUGAUGACAUGCAAUGAUGAUUAGACUCGACUGAUAGGUCGAAUAUAUAAAGUCUUGUACUCGAACAGUAUUAGCAUGUAAAAGAAUACCAGUAUAGACACAGCAUGUAACUUCGAGUCAUUAAAAUAAAUUGUUUUUCAAUUAUACCUAUCUUUUCUUGUUAUUUUUACACGGGCUGGCCGGAUAGAAAUCAAAAUGGCAAAAACAUGCGAAUACGAAAAAUUAUACAUUUGUGUACAUAAAAAGUAGUGUCUGGGCUUCCACGAACGAAGAAUGCACGUCGGGCCAUUGGGCCUAAACGGGCCUGAGCAGAUGAGCAUGUGCUCAUGAGCAGUUAUGAGCACAUGCUCAUCAUGCUCAUCUGCUCAUACACAGUAGUUUGGGUUAAACGGGCCUUGUGAGCAGAUGAGCAUUCGCUCAUGAGCAGUCUCAAAAUUUUGUGAAAAACUCAUUUUCAAAGGCUUAGACUUAGUAUGUAAUAUUAUCAGUGCAGUACAAUUACGUAAUACUUGCGUUGAUACGAUUCAGUUGUUAAUGGUAUUACACAACUUUCGGACAGUGUUGAUAGGUGGUUUUUUGCAGGUUUCAAAGAGUUUUUCAGCUUUAGGACAUCCAAAGGACUCCCAAUUUACGGCUGGAAUACUGAGACUGUUCAGUAAGUCUUUUUCAUAAUGUCCGCCUUUGUAGGCAAUGGUAGAGUUAGAGUCUACGUAAAAAUAUUUGUACUUUUUGUACUAUUCCAAAGCGUAUUUACAACAUUUCACUCACUAGGUUUAGGUUAAGUGUUCUGUUCGGGUUAAUAUAACAAUGUUUUAAUAGCUUAAUUAUAGUCUCCUAAUAGUCUAUCAGUGACAGUUGCUCCAUAUCCCUCGUUGCCGUUGGUGAGAAAAUAGGCAAUUCCCCAAUAUAUUCGGCGUAGGCAUCGUGUGGAUUUUCCCGUGCGCUGGUAAAGGUAAGUCCAGUUUCAGCUACCAUGUAUGUGUACAGCGCAGGAUUACUCUGCAAUAUACCAACUCUUUCAACGUGAGGAAAAUGAACUUGGUUGAACGGGUUUUCCAGAUCGAGUUUCCAUUCAAAAAAUCCGCACGACUUUUCUCGAUCGUUUGGACAACAAAAGAAAAGGCGACCUUGAUUUUCUCCUUCCUUUUUGACUUUCCGCACGCAAGCAUUCAAUCCGUGUCCGCAUUUCGGUUUUGGAAACUCUUGUCUAUCACCCCACUGCCAGAACUCACAUGGAUUCUCGCGGUCGCAACAAACAAAAAACGGCCUUCCAAAGUUCGGUUUACUAACGUCUUUGACGACUUUCAUUCUUGCUAGCCUUUG